AGGGUCACGAUUGGAAACUUCAUUUAGACUUUAAUUGAGAUCCAGUCACUAAGAAGCUGUUAUAUAAAGUAAAGUAACUGUUCCAUGUCAAGUAGUGUGGUCAGUAAAUGAACUCUGAGGUGCGAUUAUCGACAAUCAUCCGAUACGAUGAUAGCUACCAUUACUAGGAUCUCAAAAAUGGCGCUGGAUCGAACACGUGGUACGACCAUCAGUCGUGUAAAUACUAAUAGUCAUCUGCACCGUACUCCCCACGGUUCCUUGGCUCCCACCAUCGAGAUGAUACGCGCUAUCGACCUCACCAAGCAACAACUUCCAAAUCUCCCGCGAAUAGACGUACCCGGGGGGUACCGUCUAGUCGAAGACGGCGAUGCAUCGACCGCAGCUACCAAACUUCCAAAGGUUUUCGAGACAUUCAGUAGUGAUCUCAAAUCGUGCUAUGAAUCCCCUCUUCUUCAACGAGUUCUCGCGAAAUUACUUCUCGUACCGAUGACGAUAGAGGGAUGUCGUCUUCUCGCCAACGAAGGCGAUGUCAGGGGAGCCUCUUCGCUGUACCUCAUACACGACGUUAACCUCAUCAUCGAGAAGGUGCUCGACGAAAAGGGCAUCGGAGCAGGAAGCCUAACAUGUCGCAGUCCGCCGUGGAAUAGCGAUCGUCCAGACCUUGUCUGGCAGUUCUCGCCCGACCGUGACCUCCUCCAAUUGAAGUACAAGAACGCUCGGAUGUUGCGGGGGACCGACUGGGAUCCCAUAUUCACGAACUCGGGUAUGGUCGUUCUGGAUUUCAAGCCCGGAGGGAAGGUGUAUGAUGAUGACGACAACAUCGUCAAGUAUCUGUUCUGCAGCAGCGACGAUGACAACUGGACCUUUCGUCAGCUUUUGUUAGCGGUCAUCAUCUACUCCUUUCGCAAGGAAGGCAUCCUUGCCCCACAUGCGCGUAGAAUGAUUCGGCAAUGGAAAAUGUCAGGAGAGAUUGAAUAA